GAUAUGUUAGUUCCUGUAUUUUUUUAAGCUUUUGCAUUAAGCUCUUAGGCUCCACCAAAUAUUUACAUUUAGAUUUUAAUCUUGGAUAUUUUAUUAGUGUACAAUGUAUGAUUGGUGACAUUUUAAUUUGUGUGAUGGGACUUUGUAUGUAAGAUUGCUGAAAACAGUUGUUUCUAUUAUAUCUGUUCACAUCACCGUACACUGUGAUAAAGUAACGGAAACUGAAAGUUACGCAGGCGGAAAAUAGAAAAUAAUGUAAGGCUUGCAGGGUAUUGGUUUGUCGAUUUUUUUCGGACAAAAAUUCUGAAACUUGGGAGGAUAUCAGUGAAAAUAAUGUGAAAAUAAUUGACAAAAUGGAUUUCAUAAAUAUGAUUUUGUUUUGUUAAUAAUGGAUAAAGAAAUCUUUUCAAAGAUAUUAUCGUGUACUUUUACAUUUACAAUAUUAUUUAUGAUUACUGAGAAGAUGUGAUUUUUGUGAGAGUUGGGUAAUAAAUUCUCUUUGUAAAAGCAGUUUUCCGCAUGAUUUGGGACAGUUAUUACUUAUUUAAAAAUAUACUUUGUUCAUUACUGGCAGAUUGCAGUUUAAUUGAAUGUGAACAGAAGAGAAAAUGAUUUAAGAGGUUUGAAAAACACUAAAAUAAUCGAGAAAACAAAGAUUGUUUUCUAAAUGAAGAAAAGAAAUAAUUUUUCAUAAUUGAAGCUUUAAUAUUGCAUUACAGCAUGGAAGCAAGGAAUAAUGAAAAAGUAAUUUUAGGAGAACAAGGUAUAAUAGUCUAAAAGUCUGUGUUUGUAAUUGCAAAAGUGUAUUUAUGUGGUAGACAUAAUAAGGAGUUUCUAGCUGGUUAUAUACGAGUCAAAAUAUUGCACUUGGAUAUUUUGUUGUGAAUGGUGCUAGAUUCUGUAAUUUCAUGUGCUCGGAUAUCUCGUGCCAUCAACUCGAUGAGGCUCUGGAAGAAGAAGAAAAUGUCCCAGACAUACUGCAGGUACCUGGUUCACCACACGUAUGCGGCUAACACAUUUAACAACACAAAGAUGGAGGACAUUGGUGACGCGUUCCAUUCGAUGAACCAUGCGGAACGCAUGAUGAAAAAGAUGGAAGAAUAUGUGAGAAAACAUUCUCUGUGUGAUGUUGUAUUAGUUGCCGGGCAACGACGUAUUCCUGCUCACAGACUAGUGCUCAGUGCUGCAUCGGACUACUUUGCAGCAAUGUUUACAAAUGAUGUGCGUGAAGCGUCAAUGGAAGAAGUGAAAAUAAAAGAAGUAGAUCCUGAUGCAUUAGCUGCUGUUGUUAACUUUGCUUACACAGGCUCAAUAGAACUCCGGGAAGACACAGUCGAGAAUCUGCUGUCAACAGCAUGUAUGUUACAACUGUCGGAAGUGGUUGAGGCAUGCUGUAACUUUCUCAUGAAACAACUUCAUCCAUCAAACUGUAUCGGUAUUCGACAGUUUGCUGAUGCUCAGGGAUGCUCCGACCUUUACAAAGUUGCCAAUAACUAUGUAAUGGAAAGGUUUGGAGAAGUGAUGAACACCCAAGAAUUUCUCAUCCUGCCUCCCGAUGAGGUUGCCAAGCUUCUAGCCAGUGACGAUCUCAAUAUCCAGAGCGAGGAGAUAAUUUACUCAGCGUUAGUCAUGUGGAUCAACCAUGAUAUCAACAAUCGCAAGAAAUACCUCGCUAAACUUAUGUCGCAUAUCAGACUUCCACUCAUGUCUCCACAGUUUAUCGCAGACCAUGUUGAGACAAAUCCCCUGUUCAAAGACAACAAAGACUGUCAGGGCCUGAUAAUGGAGGCCUUAAAGUACCAUUUACUACCCGAGAGACGAUCAUCAUUCCAGAGUCCAAGGACCAAACCCCGCAAAUCCACCGUCGGGAUGAUGUUUGCUGUUGGUGGUAUGGAUAGUAAUAAAGGGCCAUCAACAAUUGAGAAAUAUGAUUUACGGACCAAUACUUGGACACAGGUAGCUAACAUGAAUGGUCGACGACUUCAGUUUGGUGUGGCGGUACUUGAGAACAAACUGUUUAUCGUUGGAGGCCGAGAGGGACUGAAGACCUUAAACACUGUAGAAUGUUAUGAUCUGAGAAAGAAAACAUGGACUCUCAUGCCGCCUAUGUCAACACACAGACAUGGAUUGGGUGUUGGAGUGUUGGAGGGCCCUAUGUAUGCAGUCGGGGGCCACGAUGGUUGGUCAUACCUGAACACUGUAGAGAGGUGGGACCCGCAGGCUAAACAGUGGAGUUAUGUGGCCCCUAUGUCAACACCAAGAAGUACAGUGGGAGUGGCUGUUCUGUUUGGAAAGCUGUAUGCUGUGGGAGGCAGAGAUGGUUCAUCUUGUCUCAAGUCUGUUGAGUGUUUUGAUCCUCACACUAAUAAAUGGAUGCCAUGUACACCAAUGUCUAAAAGACGUGGAGGUGUGGGUGUUACUACAUGUAAUGGGUUCCUGUAUGCAGUAGGGGGCCAUGAAGCCCCAGCGACCAAUCCUACAUGUUGUAGAUUUGACUGUGCUGAAAGAUAUGACCCUAAAACUGACCAGUGGACCAUGAUAUCACCCAUAAGUGCCCCAAGAGAUGCUGUGGGUAUGUGUCUGUUAGGGGACAGACUCUACGCUGUAGGAGGGUAUGACGGACAACAUUACUUGAAAGACGUGGAAGCGUAUGAUCCUAUAAAUAACGAAUGGACCAAGGCAGCUCCGUUGAGUACAGGGAGAGCAGGUGCUUACGUAGUACAUGUGCCGCACAGUUGACAAAAACCACGCUGGUCACUCUCGUCUCUGAGGAAGUGGCCAUCCGGAUUCUUCAAACGUAAAUCCAAAUUGAAUUCCAGUCCCUCAACUACCUGGAUAUAGACUUGUAAUCAGAUGUAAUCAACGUACAUCCACCACUAACACAUUGUAUUUGUUCAGAAUAUUAACCAGUCAGUGAAAUAUUUUUCUCAGAAUGUGUACCAGUCUGUGAAUAUUUUUACACUUUGAAGCAUUCUGUUUAUUUUCUGACUGUUUUUAGCUCACCUGUCACAAAGUGACAAGGUGAGCUUUUGUGAUCGUGCGGUGUCCGUCGUCCGUCCGUGCGUCCGUAAACUUUUGCUUGUGACCACUCUAGAGGUCACAUUUUUCAUGGGAUCUUUAUGAAAGUUGGUCAGAAUGUUCAUCUUGAUGAUAUCUAGGUCAAGUUCGAAACUGGGUCACGUGCCAUCAAAAACUAGGUCAGUAGGUCUAAAAAUAGAAAAACCUUGUGACCUCUCUAGAGGCCAUAUAUUUCACAAGAUCUUCAUGAAAAUUGGUCAGAAUGUUCACCUUGAUGAUAUCUAGGUCAAGUUCGAAACUGGGUCACGUGGGGUCAAAAACUAGGUCAGUAGGUCUAAAAAUAGAAAAACCUUGUGACCUCUCUAGAGGCCAUAUUUUUCAUGAGAUCUUCAUGAAUAUUGGUCAGAAUGUUUAUCUUGAUGAUAUCUAGGUCAGGUUCGAAACUGGGUCACGUAGGGUCAAAAACUAGGUCAUUAGGUCUAAAAAUAGAAAAACCUUGUGACCUCUCUAGAGGCCAUAUUUCUCAAUGCAUCUUCAUGAAAAUUGGUCAGAAUGUUCAUCUAGAUGAUAUCUAGGUCAAGUUCGAAACUGGGUCACGUGGGGUUAAAAACUAGGUCAGUAGAUCUAAAAAUAGAAAAACCUUGUGACCUCUCUAGAGGCCAUAUUUUUCAUGAGAUCUUCAUGAAUAUUGGUCAGAAUGUUCACCUUGAUGAUAUCUAGGUCAAGUUCGAAACUGGGUCAUGUGGGGUCAAAAACUAGGUCAGUAGAUCUAAAAAUAGAAAAACCUUGUGACCUCUCUAGUGGCCAUAUUUCUCAAUGGAUCUUCAUGAAAAUUGGUGAGAAUGUUCACCUUGAUGAUAUCUAGGUCAAGUUCGAAACUGGGUCAUGUGCGGUCAAAAACUAGGUCAGUAGGUCUAAAAAUAGGAAAACCUUGUGACCUCUCUAGAGGCGAUAUUUUUCAGUGGAUCUUCAUGAAAAUUGGUCAGAAUGUUUACCUUGAAGAUAUCUAGGUCAAGUUCGAAACUGGUUCACGUGGGGUUAAAAACUAGGUCAGUAGAUCUAAAAAUAGAAAAACCUUGUGACCUCUCUAGAGGCCAUAUUUUUCAUGAGAUCUUCAUGAAUAUUGGUCAGAAUGUUCAUCUUGAUGAUAUCUAAGUCAGAUUCAAAACUGGGUCACGUGGGGUCAAAAACUAGGUCAGUAGGUCUAAAAAUAGAAAAAACCUUGUGACCUCUCUAGAGGCCAUAUUUCUCAAUGGAUCUUCAUGAAAAUUGGUGAGAAUGUUCAGCUUGAUGAUAUUUAGGUCAGGUUCGUAACUGGGUCAUGUGCGGUCAAAAACUAGGUCAGUAGGUCGAAAAAUAGAAGAACCUUGUGACCUCUCUAGAGGCCAUAUUUUUCACGAGAUCUUCAUGAAAAUUGGUGAGAAUGUUCACCUUGAUGAUAUCUAGGUCAAGUUUAAAAGUGGGUCACGUGCCUUCAAAAACUAGGUCAUUAGGUCAAAUAAUAGAAAAACCUUGUGACCUCUCUAGAGGCCAUGUUUUUCAAUGGAUCUUCAUGAAAAUUGGUCAGAAUUUUUUAUCUUGAUGAUAUCUAGGUCACAUGUGCUCAAAAACUAGGUCACUAUGUCAAAUAAUAGAAAUAACGAUGUCAUACUCAGUUGAACACUGGGUCAUGUGGAGAUAGGUGAGCGAUUCAGGACCAUCAUGGUCCUCUUGUUUGUCGGUAACAGCAGAUAUUGACAGUAUGUGCUAGGAAGUACAAAGAUGUUAUGUGCAAUCAAACUUUUCAAUUUGAGGAGAAGGCAGAAAGAAUCCAGUAUGUCUUUCUUGACUGAGGUGAAAAAUUCGAGAUGUUUUUUCACUAGGUUUUGUGCUGAUCAAGAAAAGAUAUAGACAUUGUUUGAAGAGUCAGCUUGCAGUACAUUGAUAUUGCUUUGUUCAGCUGAGAAUUUGACAUUUAUAUGAACGAGAUGAUUGUCAGAGUAAGAAUGUAUUUGUGAUUUUAGAGAGAAAAUGAGAGUUAAUAGUAAAAGUUGCAAUAAGUUGCAAUAUAUUUUAUAUUUGUGACAACUUGCCAUGUUAUAGAUGCUGGGUAAAGGGAGGUAAAUCAUCUUAGCACAAGAUUACCGCAACUGUGAUUUCUGUAAUGAACUGAACUUUACAAUUUUAUAGUUGUUGUGUGAAAAAAAAUUGAGAAAGUGUUCAGUAAGUGAUCAGUAUAUGGUUGAAUCCAUAAAGUGGAUUCAUUGAUUGUGUUUAUUUAUGAAAGAAUAUGCCAUGUUUAAAGUAGUAUAACAUAUUCAAAUUGAUUUAAGAUGUUCUAACCUGAAUGGAAGGUAUAUUUCUCUCAUUUUGAUAAUCGUUUUGCAUUUGUAAAUUUUGAGUAGAACAAAUUUAAAUCUAGAAUUUGUGUAGAAAUAAGACCAGGGCUUGGCAAAUUGUUUCAGAGCAAUGUGUCCUGCAGGACAAACUACUCAGAAUUUUCACUCAUUCUGCCGAAACUUGUACUCGUACUGUAAUUCACUAAGGAAAAAUUAUUUUAUGAAAAACUAUAGUGUCUUAUUUUAAAGUCUGGUGAUAACAGUACAUACAAGAAUCUUGUUUUGGACUAUGUAGUGUCUAGCAAAAACAAUCAUAAUGGUAUACUGUAAUAGAAUAGGACGUAUUCAAGAGUUGUGAACAAUAAAUUAGGGCAUGUUUUCUAUUUUUAGAUACUUCAGCUUCAGGUCGGUUUUCAUUAAAUGUAUUAUCUUUUGGUCAAAAUUGCUUUUGUCCUGCAGGGCGAGAACUACAACAAGUUCCAUUAGCUUGGAGCCAAUUUCUACUCAAGGACAAGUGGAAUCGUCAAGCUCUGAUGACCAAAGUCUCUGUUCACAUUUAUUAUUUAAAGUGCAAUUUACAUGAAGGGUUUUCUUACAGUUUGACAGGCUUUGUUAGUAGGGGACCAAAAAUAACAUUUAAAUGCCUUUUUGACUUUGUAUUCUUCUUCAUUUACCAUUGAAAAUAUUUUUCUGAUUAACAAUGCCCUGCACCUUUGGAUUGAUAGAACUGCUGCAGUGAAAGACUGUCUACCUUUACAAUAUGAAUAAAAUUUGCAUUUUUUCUAUUUUAUGUCCAAAGUAAAAUAUAAAAUACAAAUUUUUGAUGCAUUUGGAUAUAUAUACUUUGUUCCUAAUUAAUUUUGUUGGAAGUUUUUUAAUGCUGUUUACCUUUUGUGUAUACUUAGCUUUUUUUGAAAUUAAUUAUUCAAAGGAAACAGUUAUCUUUGAUGUGUAAAAACUGGAUAGUGUAACAUAUGAUAAUGUUUUAUGGCUUUUUUUUUUUGCAUAGUACCCUGUAUUCUUUGAUGGAGAAUGAUUGUUUGACAGGGAUAAUCUGAAAGUUUAUUGGAAGAUUGAAUUGGUGAAUAUUCUGACCUAUUGUCAGCAGUGAUACUGGAGACCAAAAAUGUUGAUACCUUUUUGCAGUCUGUAUAUUGAAAAGAAUUCAGCAUGCAUGUGAGAUAUGGUUCAUGUUGUUUAAAAUCACAGCCGCACAAUAUCAGAAAAAGUUAGUAUAGUUUUAAAAUGUUCUGUUUCCAAUUAGUAUAGAACUUUAUGAGGGCAUUUUAUUUUCAUGUUGUUUGAAGCCAAUGGUUGUAAAUAUAACUUCUUCCAGUAUGUAUUGUACCUUUUCUGUAUGUCUUACAUUAUUAUGCUAUGUUUCGUAUGAUAAAAUUAUGUCACACUUUAGUACAAGUACAUCAUAUUUUGCAUCUUCAUGUCAUGUCAUACAUUAUUACCAUUGUAUCAUAUAUUGCAUGAUGAUGCCAUGUCACAAACUAUUACUGAUACGACAUUGUGUAUUAUUAUACUUAUUUCUUUUCAUAAUGACAAACAAUUUACUCAGAUAGAGAAUUUCCAUUAGAUUAUACUAUCAAAAGCAUCACUUUGUAAAUGAAUGACAGAAUUGGGUAUACUAGAGACAUGAUAAAAACAUUGAAUUUUAUGAAGGUGCCUAUUCUGCAGAUCAGAUAUUACUAUAUCCAUACAGAGAUCAGAGAUACAAGGAACUAACAACAGUUCAUGUUCAUAACCUUACAUAUAUCAGAGUGACUCUAAAUCAUACAUUACAUCAUGAUGUCAUAUCUUGUUAAAUCUCUACACAUCAUAUCUUACAAUAUUGAAAUGUUACAUAUAUUUUCUAACAUCAUUUCUGAACAACGAAUUUAUCUACUUAUAAAAUGUCUCAAAUUCUUUUGUACAAAGUUCUCUAUUUUGUAAACAAUUUCUGUUGAAAAGUGUUAUGAAAUAUAAACAGAUGUAACUUUGUGAUGAAUGAAAUUGUCAUAUCAAGUAGUAUCAUUUGUGAUUCUUAUUCUAGAACUUUAGUAAUGGAGCCAUAACGAGACAUAACUUGAGAAAACAAGAAAGUCAGCUUUCAGAUUGUCUUCCAUAUUGUUAACCCUGUGUUGCUAAGCAUGUCAAACAGUUAAUAUGUUGAUGAAAUAUUCGACUAGAUCUUUAGAAUACCAGAGUCUUUCCCUCCCCUACUAGACAUACAUACAUUUCAGAAAAAGAGUCCCAUAGAUGUAAUAAUACAUAGCAAAUGAUAUUUUUAUAUGUAAUUUGUCCCUCCUCUUUAUGUUUGAGUCUGAUACUUGACUGUAAGGGUGCAAACAGUAAACUUGGGAUAGAUUUGCAGUAGGUUCUCAAAAGAAGUCUGAAGAUCAUUGAAAGGCAAAAAGUUGAAAUGAAAGUCUUCCAACACUUGAGAUGCUGAAUGUUGUAGUGCCUUUUUAUGUAUAUCUUACAAGCUGCCAUGGUUACAGGUUUUAUCUUACCAGUUGCCAUGGCUGUAGUUUUUGUCUUAUUACUUGUCAUGGUUACUGGUUUUGUUAACCUGUUGUCAUGGUAACAGGUUGUGUCUUACAAGUUGCCAUGGUUACAGGUUUUGUCUUGAUUAAAAGUUUGUCUUACCAGCUGCCCUGAUCACAGGCUUUAUCUUACAGUAACUCAUGGUAUAAUACUGAUUUCAUCUUACCAAUUGCCAAUUUGCCAUAGUUACAAAUUUUAUCUAAUAGUAGCAAUUGUACCCAACUGCUAUGGUUACAUAUUUUGUCUAACAAGUUAACAUGGCUACAUUUUGUAAUGUCAGUUGCCAUGGUUACAGAUUUUGUCUAACAAGUUACCAUGGUUACAGAUUUUGUCUUACUAGUAGCCAUGGUUACAAGUUUGUCUUACCAGUUCAGUAAAUAAUAGUUUGAUAAUAUUCUGUACAUGUUCUGCUAAAAUGCUGUUUUGUGUUUUAAAUGAUGCUGUGUGUUUCCCAUUAUAGUAACAUAUAUCUAACCUUCAAAGAGAAAUGGAAGCUUUACAACUGACUGGAUCACUCAGCUAGUGGGUACAGCCAAAAGCACAUAGUGACUUUCAGCAAGGAUGUCUAUAUGCUAGAAAAGAAUACUAACUGUUUCAGAUAUUUGCAACCCUUUCUACAUGUAACCUUCAAGUUGUUGGAUUCAGUAAUAAAACAGUUGUUGCCUUUUACAUUUGGUCAGUAUGAGGAUAUAUCAACCUGGGGAUGUGUUACACCCUUUGUCAAUAUAACUUUUCCCAGGUUGAUAAAUCCACUUGUUGACCUUGCUGAAAAGCAAGAAUUGUUUAGUGUUUGAAUAAUAGAUGUCUGGAAAAAAUUAUACUAGGUAUCAAAUAUCUAGGUAUUCUUUUAGCAGAGAAUUUUUUUUUAUUAUUGUGCUGUUCAAACAGGAUAAGUUUAUCUUUAUAUUUGUUCACAUUUUAUAUCAACUAAAAUUUCAGUAAGAAAAAUAAGACAAACAAACAUUUAACAUUGAGAAAAAUUUACUUGCUGCAUCAUUUCUUUAUAACCGCUUUGGUAUUGAACCUCCACACAUAUUUUCAGGGCUACAUUUCAUCAUCUCUAUUUAUUUAAUAUGUAUAUCUUGUUACAGUGCGACAAUAUAUCUUGUUAUUAUGUGACACUUUAUCUUGUUAUUGUGUGACCAAUAUAUUUUGUUACACUAUGACAAUAUGUCUUGUUGCAUUAUGACACUAUCUUGUUACUGUGUGACAAUAUAUCUUGUUACUGUGUGACAACUGAAAAUGUGAUUAACUGAAAUUUUCAUUAACAAAUCUUACUUUGUUUUAGUAACUUCCUGCCAGUUUGUUCUGUAUAAAUGUGUAAAUUCCCUAGUCACUAUUUUAAACAUCUACAGUCAAAACUGUCUUAUAUAAGUGCUGUCAUUUUUCUAAUUUAUCCCAAAUAAAAAAUCUUUUUUAUGUAAAUUAAGUGGGUUGUGUAUGUUUGUUUUGUAAUGUUAACACAUAUAAAGUUCUUUUUAUUUGCCAAGAAUGAAGGUCCAGUUUUGUAUGAAAUGAUUUUUGCAUAAUCACCCGCCAUUUGUAAAAAUGUGCUAUAUGUAAGUUCUCUUUUUGUGUUCCAAAGUUCUUUACAUCUUUGAUGAUAUGUAUAUAAAGCAAACUAGAAAAUGAAAAAUAAAAAUAAAACCAUUGAGAA